AUGGGACCGCGCAGAUCACAUCGCAAGUCGCGGAAUGGCUGUCCCGAGUGCAAACAGCGGAGGCUAAAGUGCGAUGAGCGCUUUCCGUGUACGAAUUGCGUCAAACAUGCAAUUUCAUGUAGUUAUGCCCCUCCAAAAGAACCAAUUGGCAAGUCCACCGACAGCGUAUCGCCAGCAUCCCAGCCCCAGGGGCAUAUGCCCUCGCCUCAACCCACUGUCUAUGGACAUUCACAGCCGGGCAGCCAAGCGUCAACCCCAAGUAGCGGCUUCUCGUGGAUGCUAUCCAAUGCAGAUAUCAAUCUGGAGUCAGAAGACCGGCUGGAUUUGCUGGGACUUCUGCCGAGUGCGCCUACCUCAUCUAUCGCACCGCAGAAUCCAUCCGUCCCAAAGGAGGACUGGGCACUGGAUCUUGAACUAAUGCAUUACUUUUGUAGUGUAACAUGCAAUUACAUGGCCAUCCGGGAAGACCUACGGCAUGUUUGGCGUGUUAUUAUACCGAUGGAAGGCUAUCAGAAUAAAUAUGUCAUGCAUGGUAUCCUCGCCAUCGCUGCUGUCCACCGUGCUUCUCAAUGUUCGAAUCCCACGCAGAAACAACGGCUCCUUAGGGCUUCGGCCUACCAUCUCGCUGCCGGACUGAAGGAAUUCCGAGAGCUCAUUGCAUUGCCGAUCGAUCCGGCCAACUGGCAGCCGGUAUUCUGCUUUGCGAGCAUGAUUGCAGUGCUUGUUUGCACUGGGCCCAUCCGCCUGGGCGUCUCGAGGUGGCCGGAUCCCAUAUCAAAUAUGGUGGAGCUGUUUGCCAGUAUCAAGGGCUUUCAGUCAAUCAUGAAGCCAUUUCUGCCAUCUCUUUCUCGUACCCAGCUCGCACCAUUGGCCCACGCCGUUUGGAUCCAGAGCGAAAUGACGAUUGCAAGUCCUUCUGUGAUUGCACAAUCGAUACUUCCGCCAGACAUAUGGGACCAGAUAGCCCGGCUACAUCAAUUUAUUGAUGAAUACCCAUUCCCUGAAUGCGAUCAAUCCCACCUGGAAAACCCGCAGGAUAAUGAAACCCAGGCGGAGUCUCACAAAGACAACACAGGAACAAAGAAAGACUAUAGCAUUGCUCUCACCUUCUACGAGAAUUGUACGCGGCAGCUGGAACUGGCGGGUCCUCACGUAGAAACCGGCAUGGCGUUCAUGUGGGCAUAUCCACUCUCGAAACAGUUCCACCAAGAUCUGGAGGCUCAUCGACCCGCAGCACUUGUGCUCCUGGCAUACUACUGUGUUCUGCUCCAGAGUAUAGACAAUUUCUGGUAUAUUAAAGGCACGGCAUGGCAGGUACUGGAGGAUAUUGAGACAAAGAUGGAUCCUUUGUUUCAGGAAUGGCUCGUCUGGCCAAAGCAGUGGGUGUUCAGGUAG